UCAUGGCUAUCAUUUGUUUACAGUUACCAUCCCCAUCCAGACCUCAUAGGAGAUACUGCACUUAGUUUGCAUCCUCAGGACCACUUUAUCUGAUUCAGAAGUUUGGGAGAGAAUCCCAUUUUUUCUGCAGGUGGUAUGCUGUGGACCAGUCGGCACUACAAGACAAAGCCCACUCAUGGCAUCGGAAGACACAGACACUUGGUGAAAGUGCAAGAGCCCAAAAAGAAGAAAGCAAAAGUAGAAGUGAGAGCCAUUAAUGUGGGGACAGAUUAUGAAUAUGGGGUUUUAAACAUCCACCUGACAGCUUAUGACAUGAGUCUGGCUGAAAGUUAUGCCCAGUAUGUCCACCGCCUCUGCAACCGGCUGUCCAUCAAAGUCGAGGAAAGCUAUGCGAUGCCUACCAAAACUAUAGAAGUGAUGCGGCUACCAGACCAAGGCAACAAAAUGGUCCUAGACUCUGUCCUUACCACCCAUGAGCGGGUGGUUCAGAUCAGCGGUCUGAGUGCUACGUUUGCAGAGAUUUUCUUGGAAGUACUCCAAAGCAAUCUUCCAGAAGGAGUCAGACUGUCAGUGAGGGAGCACUCUGAAGAAGACUUCAAGGGAAGGUUCAAAGCUCGGCCUGAACUGGAAGAGUUGUUGGCCAAGUUGAACUAAAAAUACUGCAAGCCCUUCAUGUAAUUGUUGGUCUCUGAGAAGCUGCUCCUGCAAGUUAAGGAUUAAGGAGGAGCGUGGACGCUCAUGCUGGGAAUGCCUCCUUGCAUCUGUGCAGUGGGCUUGCCAGUUACCACUUCCCUUAACAAAAUCGAGGGCCUUCUCCACUUAAUAAACGUCUGCUGUUGUCAGUGUGUGUGUGUGUGUGUGUGUGUGUGUGUGUGUGUGAUUGUCUUUGGCUGUGUGUAUCAGUUAUCUUGUGAGGUAUCUUUAAGGAAUUCUGUUUCUCUUUAUCUGA